GUAAUUACGGUGUAGAAUGUCCUCCUCAUCACUGGAGCUGACCUAAGAACACAACGGUUAAUCAUCCACUACCCAGCAGAGAGAGACAGAGGGAGAGAAGGAGGGAGGAAGCACAGUUAGAUUGAAAAAGAGACACUUAAUGCACCUGUACUCGCUACCAGGUAAAAUAAACAAAGAAGAAAAGAGGAAUCACCUGUCAGACAGUCUGGAAUGAAGGAAUUACUUAUCUGACAGUGAGAGGACAACAGAAAUCUGUGGGCGAGGACACUUCUUCCUCCUGAAGAAGGAUCUGGAUCCUGUGUUGUGUUCAUGUGCAUCUGGGUGCGUUAGUAUGUGUGCUUCACAAGGUCAGACCUGGUUUUGGAUUUGAUUGUGAGUGUAAAGAGGCAGCCACAUGGGGCCCGGAGCCUGUCCGGGAUGCCAGCCGCUGCAGUGAAGCCCAGUCCAGAGGACAUGGUGGCGGAGGGAGGGGGUGAAGAAGUGUCCCAGUGGGAUGCCUCGACGCUGGACCGGGAGAGGCUGCCUCUCCCCUCUCUCAAGGUCCCCAGGGAGCUGCUGCGGAGCUUCCCACACUCCAAACGGGUGGGAUCCUACCUGGUGGGGAAGAUGAUCAAUAAGGGCUCAUUUGCCAAAGUGAUGGAGGGGCUGCACAUCGGCACGGGGGAAAAGGUGGCUAUUAAGGUGAUUGACAAGAAAAAAGCGCGUCAAGACUCGUACGUACUUAAGAACAUGAAGAGAGAGCCUCGUAUUCAUCAGAUGGUCCGACAUCCUCACAUCGUUGUCCUGUUGGAGACUCUGGAGACAGAGAACAGCUACUACAUGGCCAUGGAGCUCUGUGCUGGAGGAGACCUGAUGGACAGGAUCUGUGAGAGGAAGAGGCUGGAGGAGAGGGAGGUGCGGCGCUACACCCGACAGAUCCUGUCUGCAGUGGAGCACCUGCACAAACACGGCAUCGUACACAGAGAUUUGAAGAUUGAAAACUUCCUGCUGGACGAACAUAACAACAUAAAGAUCGUAGACUUUGGCCUGAGUAACACUCUGAAGACCGAGUCGUUGUCCCUGGAGCUUCUCAACACCCAGUGUGGAAGUCCAGCCUACGCCGCCCCUGAGCUGCUCGCUCACAGGAAGUAUGGACCCAAAGUGGACGUCUGGUCCAUAGGUGUGAGCAUGUUCGCCAUGUUGACAGGGACUCUGCCCUUUACUGUUGAACCAUUCAACAUCAAACAGCUGCACCAGAAGAUGGUCAACGGAGAGAUCAGCAGCAUCCCCAGUGAUGUCAGCAAAGGUGCGGUGUCGUUUGUGUUGUCUCUCCUGGAGCCAGACCCAGCCAAGAGACCCAGUGUCAGAGCCGCGAUGGAGGAAAGAUGGAUCAACGAGGGAUAUGCCAAGAAACCACUACACACGCUCUCUCAUAAAAACAGACUGUGUCCGGAGGAUCUGAACUCGUCUGUGUUGGCCUAUAUGACAGAGACACUGGGCUACGCCCUCUCUGAAAUUAUUCACACGCUCACCACCCACCGACCCUCCGCCAUCAUGGCCUCCUAUCACCUGCUGCUCAACAAACUCAACAGGAGCCAGAAAGGAGCCAAGGCCAGCAAGAAGCUGGAAACCAAUGACUGGAGUCUUCCCAGUAAGAAUACAUGGAGAGAGAGGAAUAACACUGAAUCCAAGACUCAGCAACAGAAUGAACCGACCAAUGAGAAAAGCUCUAAGCAGUCCAGCAGGCCUCUGAGGGCCCAGCAGACAACUGAAUGUCAGAGCAACAGGAGGAGGACCGAGGACCUUCACAGAAAGGACAACAGAGAGGACGAUGAGAACCGUCCCCCUUCCCCCUCCCUUCCCCAACUUCCUCACUCUGCCUCCCCCUCAAUACCUCCUCGCCUUCCCUCCCCCUCCCCUGCCCCUCUCUCUGCAGAGGAUGGGGCAACUGAUGAAGAGAUCGCCAUCACCUUGGACACCAGAGAGACGUUGUUUCCUGAGGUGUCUGUGUUUAGAGACAGGGAACUCGUCCAUCUUUCUCCUCCUAAGAGCUCUGCAUCUCAACUCUGUGACUCCGCCCCUUGCCAAGUCCCCGUUGAGCCAAUCAGAGACAGCAGCACAGUGAGACCGAUCCGACACACGCACCUGCUCAGGACAACUCAGUCGGACGGGGCAGCAGACCCCGGGUCAGACUGUUUCCAUGACAGCCGCCACCAGGAUGACCACUCUCAUCACCUGAGCAUCAACGAGCGUCUGGAAAAGCUGCAGACGUUUUACUCCUCAGAGAAGAGCGGCAUCUCUCCCAGGAUGCUCCUGGAGGCCGACACACACACCACACACUCCUCAGACAGAGUCCACCUGGGUUCCAUGGAAACAACCCAGACAUCACCCUCUGCCCCCCUGCCACGCUUGCGCAAUGUGGGGCUAAAAGACGGACGAGGCAGGAAGAUGACGUGGGUGGGGUUGACUCGACCUGGGCCCCCAGGACUCCUGGUCAACGGGUCUAAACCUCCCGCCUUCCCCUCACAGAGACAACAUACCUUGGUCAUCAAGAGCCUCAGGCAGGAGAGAGGGAAGAGGAGAGAUCUGUCGGCAGCAGGAGGAGGGGAGAGAGGGAUGGCAGGGGGAGUGAUGAGUGGAGCAAAGAGGAACUCAGUUCAGUUACGGUCAUCUCUCCAGCGUCGGGUGGCAGACCUGAAUCUGCCGCUGCUACCUGCAGCCCUGCAGGGGAAAACUGACAAGAAGAGCCAGCUGCACAGCAUGGACUACUGACACAGGGAUAGGAGGACGUGAUAGAGCAGCAGUGAUAUGACGAGGGGAGGAGGAUGAAGAAGGAGAGGAGUUAGGAAUGAGUUAGCGACACAGAUGACAACUGACUCAGAAACAGAAGUAGGGACAACAUAAAGGUGGCAGACAGAAAAGGCUUAUAAAUGAUCACUUUCUGUUACAGUAGUUCUAGCUACAAAACAUGGAGGACUGAGAUAUUAGAACUGUGCACAGACAUUUUGAGAAAGCAGCUACAAAAAGAUACUUUUACUUUUUCUCUUCCAUUCAUGCAGACUCCAACCCAAACACCACACACUGUGUAUUUAUAUGCUGCAGUGCCAAACUUUUAAAUUCUCACUAAGCUCAUCAAUUCAAAUAUGGCCUUCAAGAUUUUUACCGUUGACCAUUUUCCUCUUGGAUUUCAACGUGUUUAUUUCCACCCAUCACAAUGUGAAGUGCAAGACGCACACUGACUCAUGGUUGUGUUUGUAUUUACUGUUGUUGAAUACGUUUUUGUACUAACGUUGAAAGUCAAAGUAAAAACAAGUCUCAAUUCUGCCUUAA